AUGACCACACUUGUGCCCCGAGCGCCAUACAGCGACGCCGAGCUGACGACACUCUACCCGCCUCAGCUCCGCCUCCAUCAAGUCCAGAUCCUCCUACGCCAUGGUGAGCGUACGCCCGUCAACGCGCGGUUCACGAAUACUGGCCUGGCACCAUUCUGGCCGUACUGCUCUGCAAUGAGACAACUCCGCAAUGCCGUUCUCGACCCCAACACGGACCGCUUUUCAGUACUGGAGUGGAAGAGACGGCUCGAAACCAUGGGGCCAGACGAUGCUCCCGUAAUGGCAUCCGGGCCAAGCGGCGAAUUGGAUGAUAUUUGCGACAUGGGAAUGUUGACAGAUCGCGGCCGUGCCACCACGUUCCAGCUUGGGCAAAGGCUCCGCAAGCUCUAUGUCGACCAGCUUGGCUUUCUGCCUGCCGGCGUCAAAAACACCGACUUUAUCUAUCUUCGAUCUACGCCUAUCCCCCGUGCCCUAGAAUCAUUGCAGCAGACUCUCAAUGGACUAUAUCCAUUGCACACCCGUGCCGAGAACUUCUCUCCGCCGACCAUCAUCUCUCGCGCUCUCGCGGACGAAACCUUAUACCCCAAUGACUCCAAUUGUCGCCGGUUUGCCGCCCUGGCUCGAGCCUUCGCACAGCGGGCUGCAGACCGGUGGAACGACUCAGAAGACAUGGCCUACCUCAACGCAAAAAUUGGAAAAUGGAUGCCAGAUGAAAGCCCCAAAGUUGCUGUGGAUUCACGCCCUCGGCUGAGCGGCAUCAUGGACACCGUCAAUGCGACCUUUGCGCAUGGCCCAGAGACAAAGCUUCCCAAAGAAUUUUACGACCCCAAAGUCAAACAUAUCCUGGAAAAGAUUGGUGUAGAAGAGUGGUACUCUGGGUACAAGGAGAGCGAGGAGUAUAGAACACUUGGCAUCGGCGCUUUGCUCGGCGACAUCGUCUCGAGGAUGGUCGAAAGUGCCGAAGAUUCCGCCAACACUGACAACGACUUGAAGCAGCAGUCCAGCACACCUCCCAGAAUCCGCCUCGGCCUCAGCGGAUGUCACGACACAACUCUCGCCGGCGUUCUCGCCAGCCUGGGCGCUUUAAACGAAGAGGCAUGGCCCCCAUUCACCAGCCACGUUGCAAUUGAGCUCUUCCAGCGUACAGGAACCAACAGUGCAUCGUCAAGUCAAUCGUGGUGGUCCUCCAUUUUCAGUGGUUCGACUUCAAACAGCAUCGGUCGCAAACCCUCUCCCGAAUUGAGUGAGCGAGAAAGGAAGCGGCUACAGGGCUACUACGUCCGUCUCCGCUACAACGACAGACCUGUUACUAUCCCCGGAUGCAAGAUCGCAGGCAAACACCUCGAUGGUGACGAAUCCUUUUGCACCUUGGAGGCAUUCAAGUCCAUAGUAGAUAAAUUCACACCCCGUAACUGGAAGCAGGAAUGUCGUUUGAAUAUCAAAGGUUCUGCUUUCCCUGCGAAACCCGAACCCGCUGGCUAUUGA